CAAUGGGCCUUGAGACUUCCCCCGCUGAAGUUGACCUAGGACAAGGUUGUCUUUACAGUCUUGACCCAAGCAGCUUGUCUGUUAGCAAGCAAGUUGAGAACGUUAACUUGUCUAACGGUCUGGCAUGGUCUUCUGAUAACCGGCUGAUGUUCUUUAUAGAUUCCAUUCCUGGGAAAGUCUACGUGUUUGAUUAUGAUGUAGAAACAGGAGUGUUGAGUAAUCAGCGAACCCUGGUGGAUUUCACCGUCUCGCGAGGAUACCAAGAUUGUGGAAUUCCUGACGGAAUGACCAUUGACAUUGAAGGAAAGUUAUGGGUUGCCUGUUACAACGGUAGUUGUGUAGUUCGUAUUGACCCCGCCAGAGGGGAUUUACUCCAAAAAAUUGAAUUUCCCGUCUCCAAGAUUACUUCCUGUUGUUUUGGUGGACCUAAUUACAACGAGCUUUACGUCACUUCCGCCAUCAAGGGCUUGACUGACGAACAACAUAAACAGCAACCACUCGCGGGAGCUGUUUUUAAAGUAGCCGAUUUAGGAGUUAAAGGUUUUGCUCCUGCCUGCUUUGCACGAUGAAUUCAUUGAAAACUUGGAAAUCCUUUUGUGUGUUUAAUUUCAACCACGGCUUAUGCUAAUUUUAUACUCUUUUUUUUUUUUGUUAAAGAACUAUUUUAACAUUAGUUAUUACUUUAUAAUAAUGACCUUUUUGUAACGGUGGAAGGUACUUCAAAUGAAGGGGUCAGUUAGAUAAUAAUAAUAAAGAGUGUCCUACAUAUAUGUGUAUAUAUAUAUAUAUAUAUAUAUAUUUAUAUAUAAGUAACUGCUGAUCAGUGUUGUCUCGCAGUUAAUAUUAACGAGGAAGCCUUGAUAUUUUAACCCCAACCACAAAAGUAUAGAACAUUUAAACAGGUGCUUACUUUAGGUGUCUCGAUAUAUUUACGCGUGAGUUUGAGUCAUCGGUCUUUUAUAACUGUAAGCACGUUGGUAACCAGUAACGUCGUUGUGCCAGACAAGACCUGACUAUUGUUUAAACUAUAAAACUCUGAAAUAACUUCCAAGUCAAGAGGAGUCGUCGUAUAUCAUUUAAUGAAAUUCACUUUUGUUUAUGUCCUUAAUAAUAUUCGCUAAUCACAGAGGCAUGUAAUUUGUGCCAGCCCUUCAUCACUGUGACCUGGUGAGGCUUGCAUGUACCUCUUGUUACAAAUGUUUCUUAACAUGGUUUUCAUUGGUUGAUUUAAACCUAGAUUCUAAAUGACUCCAUUAGCUGUGAGCCUCAAAAGCCUCGACUCCUUUUGGUUGUUCCAGCUCUGUCUCUAUCUCUCUAUAUGUAUUCAAGAAUUUUACACCUAUAAACACAGUUAAUAUCAAAAUAAUUUUGUGAGAAUAAGAAAGGCAACUAGAAUGAAACUGUUUUAACGGUUUCAUGAGCUACGUGUUUCUGCCAAAACUGUAAGAGACUAAACGAAAAAUUUUAUAAUCUUCUUUAUUAAUAAAGAUGGUAGAAAGCAUA